UAAUAGUAUAUUCAGUUUUUUCCUCAUAAAGUAAUAUAUACGCGCUGUUGACGCUCGUGUAAAUCAAAAGGGAUUCAGCUGUUAAAUUAAAUUAUAACUCCUACAAAAAUGAGCUACAGGGAUACGGCUGUUCAGCAAUGCACAUUGUUUCCGAGACACAAAUACUGUGCUGCUAAUGAACAACGGGUAGGAUCCUACCUCCGAACACUAAUGAGUUUCGGCUCGUCGUCGUCGAUGUCCAUGCUGAGCUCGCUGAGCGCGUACCGGCGGCCGAUGGACGUGCACUCCUACAGCCCCACACCGGACGUUAAUGAGGUGUAUCCUGGACUCUACGUGGGGGAUGGGGUGGCCGCAAAAGACAAGGCGUUCCUCCGCCGGAUGGGCAUCACCUACGUGCUAAACACCGCCGAAGGGAAGCGGUACACGCAGGUCGACACCGACCACCUCUACUACCGCGACUGCCCAGGCCUGCGGUACAAGGGCUUCCCGAUGAUGGACUUGCCCACCACCGACAUAUCCAAGUAUUUCCACAUCGCCGCCAACUUUAUCGACGAGGGCAUUUCCAGAGGAAGUCGCGUGCUCGUCCACUGCUUCAUGGGCGUGUCCCGGUCGGCGACCUGCGCCAUCGCAUUUCUCAUGAUCAAGCGCAACAUGUCGCUCACGGAGGCGCUGGCGACCGUGCGCGCGCGCCGCGACAUCCACCCCAACGAGGGUUUCCUGCGCCAACUCCAGGCGCUCGACCGGGACCUCCGCCUCCGCCUCCGCUGACCCAGA